CGCCAACUUCUUCUUCUUCGUAGUUUCUUCCAUUUCCUUCCUUAGAAUUCUAAGGUCUAAUCCUUGUUUGAGCUCAUUCUCAGUUGCCCUGGAAAGAUGGCUUGCUUACACGACCAUAGCUGCGAAGAUCAUGAUUGUUCCUCUGAUUGGUCUCUGUACAAGCACAUAGACCUCCCUAAGGUGUCUGCUUUGAACGAGGCUACUCCAGGAAGUGUUAAAUCUGUGUUCAAAGCUUGGGAGCAUCGAUUGAAUUCUACGGGGGAACACUUGGAAAGCAAUGAGGGUGACCCCGAGUUACUAGUGUUUAUUCCGUUUACAUCAGAUGUAAAGAUCAAGAGCAUAUGUGUUGUUGGUGGUGCUGAUGGAACAAGUCCAUCAAAGAUGAGAGCGUUCAUAAACCGAGAGGGCAUUGAUUUUUCGGAUGCUCAAAGUAUGCAAGCUAUUCAGGAAUGGGAAUUGGCUGAAAACUCCCAGGGAGUCUUAGAGUACCAAACAAGAUAUUCCAAAUUCCAAAGUGUGGGAAAUAUCACAUUACAUUUCCCCGAGAAUUUCGGUGGCGAUGCCUCUCAGAUUCACUAUAUUGGUUUCAAAGGCGAAGCAACUCAGUUGAAGAGGGAUGUUGUUGCAACAAUUGUGUAUGAACUCAUGCCAAAUCCUUCUGAUCACAAGACAAAGGCAGAAGGAGGUGGUCUUUCUCAUGUGGAAUGAGAAAUAUCAUAUGCCUACACUACAUUUUAUGUUGAGUUGUUAAUGAUACAGUUUUAUGGGAUUAAUUAGAUAUAUAAAUAUGACCAAAAUGAGCUAACCUCUUACAAAGGUGAGCAUAUGUUAUAGUUGGAUGUCACUGCCUAUGAAUUCAGUGCCAAAUCCAGUCCUGUAUUCAUCUGAGAGUUUACAACUAAUAUAAAAUGGGAUUUUACUUUUUACCUCAA